AUGGGCGCCGGCUUGUCCGUCGUGCAGGACUCCGCGACCGUGGGCGACCCCGGCAAGCCUCUCAUGAUCUUCGGCUUUCCGCCCAUCAACGGCACCACCAGCUCCGCGUCGCCGUUCGUGAGCAAGCUGGAGACGUUCCUGCGCAUGGCGGACAUCGACUACGAGGCCACGGCGGGCAUCACGGGUGCGCCCAAGGGCAAGGUGCCUUAUAUCAAACAAGGGGACGUCAUCCUGGGCGACUCCACGUUCAUCUGCGAGUACCUAAAGAACACGUACAAGGGAAAGCUGCAACUGAAUGAGCCAGACACGGAAGAGAAGAAGGCGAUGGCCAUUGCAUGCCAACGCAUUUGCGAGGACCAUCUGUACUGGGGUCUUUUGUACUACCGUUGGGGAACAGCAAAGGGGUUCCGAGGCAUGAUGGAGUACAUGUCCAAGCUGCUGCCAGCGCCGCUGUCCUGGAUACUUCCAAGAAUUGUUCGCCGCAGGCUGCUGAAGUCGCUGUACGACCAGGGACUGUCCAGGCACUCCGAGAACGACGUGAUCUUCCUGCUGACAUCCAGCAUGGCCGCCCUGUCCGGCGUCCUGGGCGAAAAGCGUUACGUGACGGGUGACGCGCCGUGCCCCGCCGACGCCAGCGUCUUCGGCAUGCUGGACAAUUAUCUUAAUGAUGAUCUGGAUCUGGAAACGGCGCGGAUAGUGAAACGCUUCCCCAACCUCGUGCGUUACGUCGAGGACAUUGGCAAGGCGCACUACCCCAAGGGGAACCCCUCAAAAUUGCAUCCAGGCAGAGAAAUAGGAAAGAAGACAAAGCACGAACUCAUCGGGAAGGCGAGGUGCAGCGCUUUGCCUCCUGAGCCGGAGCAGGGCCUCGGCGCCUUUGCGAAGGUCGCGGACGUACUUUGGUGCACUGAUACCGUGUGCAACGAGGAGGUGGGGAAGGGCUUGGCCAGCGACCUGCUGAGAGAGGACAGUUUUGACAAGUGCCAGGACGUGUGCGUAACACCAAGGUCUGAGACCUUCAUGGACUGCAUUGUCGACCGAGGCGUUGUCUCCUGCCAUCCUUUGCAGGAAGGGAUGGGCUCCGGAUGGCAACCCAGUGAGGCACGCAAGGCAACCAAGAGCGAGCUGCCCGAUUCCUGUCAGGAGGACCAGCCUGAUCCAGGGCGAGCGAGUGGCCGAGUGCCGAGCGAGCGACAGGCCUCAGUGGAGACGGAUGGGACUGAGGGUACUGAUGAGAUUUUGGAAGACUGCGAAUCAUUCUCUGAGCCGGGAGCCACAGAUGUGAUCUUUGUCAGGGAUGAUGUGGCCGUUUGGCCAAGUCGCGACGUGAACAGCCGCAUAAUGGGCCGCCUGAGUCUGGUGAAACAACACUCUGUGCUGUUCAUUGCGUGGCUGCCAUACAGCAAAGGCGCAUUGAACGAGGACGGCACAUUCCAAUUGGACAGCCAGACGGAUAACAGUGAGGCAGACAGGGAAAGAGGAAGAACCAUGUAUGCAGUUCAUCCGAUUCCCGUGUCUGACAUCAAAGCCAUUACCCGCCAGACGCCCACCAUCGGAUACCACACCAUGAUAAUUGUCCUGAACUCGGGCCUUACUUUGCCGCCACUGUACUUCUACAAUGGUGGUGUGCGGAGCCUGAUUAGUGCCCUCAGGGAGCAUGUCCUGCUCUUCAAGUCAGCUUCCGACCGAAACACCUACCUCGUGAAUGACACGGCCGACCCGCUCCAGCGUAGCUUGAACUGCCUGGACCUCACAGACGUCCUGCUCGGUGCACCACCCCCUGGUGCCUCCUCAACCUUCCACCCAUCGUCUCUGCCAGGCAACGGCGGGGCAGAGGUGGAAAUGACAGAGCAGAGCUGGAAGGGGCUGUCGUUUCAGCUGUCGGAGAGGUUCUCAAGGAUCACCAGGAUUGCUAAGGACACCACAUCAAGCUUUUUUGGAGCUGGGGAUGGCCCAGACGGGUUUGCAGACCUGGUCCCUGUGGCCGCCAGCAUGCCCUCACUGGAGCAGCUGCACUCGCUCGAGGUGCCCUGCCAGGCCGUCGACCAGCAGCCACAGAGCAGCUUCAUUAAAGAAAAUGAUGCCUCCCAUGGAGGGGAAUUCUGCCCAGAAGGGAGCAUCAGUCUUUGCGCCACAUGUGCCGAAGAAGCCGCCUCCAACGAGGCUGCCACAGCUGUGGGCAUGUUCGAGGUGAUCGACAUGCAGCUGAAGGACGAAAGCAGCACAGGCAGCACACAGCCCUGGUGCCCGCCGGUUUCGCUGGCAGAGUGGGCCACAUGGUUUGAUGGCGAGGGGCGCCUCGUGGACAUGCCCAGCUUCAGGGAGAAGGUGUUCUACGGAGGGGUGGAAACAGGUCUGCGGAAGGAGGCCUGGAAGUUCCUGCUGAAUUACUACCCGCCGGAGAGCACUGUCACGGAGCGCUGUGAAACGGCACAGAAGAAAGUGGAGGAAUACAAGACGCUAAAACUACAAUGGACAUCCAUAUCUGAGGCACAGGAGAGGCGCUUUGGCAAGUGGCGCGAAAGGAAGAAACGUGUGGACAAGGAUGUGUGCCGCACUGACCGUUCCCACCCUUUCUUCAAGAGUGAGAGGGCCGGGAGCCUCAAGGUGCUGCGCAACGUGCUGCUGACAUACACAAUGUUCAAUUUCGACCUGGGGUACUGCCAGGGUAUGUCAGACCUGGCUUCUCCGAUCGUUUAUGUGAUGUGUCGAGACGUGAAGACGAAGGACCAGACGCGAUGGGCGGAAGUUGAGGCGGAGGCAUUUUGGUGUUUUGCGGGGUUGAUGGAAUGGCUCGAGUGCAACUUCCACACAGACCAGCGUGGGAUGCAUGCACAGCUGGUGUCCCUCAGGAAGCUGCUGCAGCUGCUCGACCCCCAGCUGUAUGCCUUUCUAGAGAGGAAGGACUGCCUGAACUUCUUCUUCUGCUUCCGGUGGCUGCUCAUACACUUCAAGAGGGAGUUCCCCUUUGAUGAGGUCCUUCGCCUGUGGGAGGUGCUGUGGUCUCGCCACCUAUCAGAGCAUUUCCACCUCUACAUGUGCAUCGCGAUCUUGAUGCACCACCGGCGUGCCAUCAUGGAUGCAGACUUCGAAUUCGAUGAGCUGCUGAAGUUCUGUGUGGAGCUCAGCGGCAGCAUUGACCUCAAGGCAACCCUGCGCCUGGCCGCCCUGUUGCGCCUGUACAUUGGACCUGUCGAAAAGGAAUGCCUGGGUGACUAA